CCAAAUCUGAAUGACUUUCUUCCUUCUGCUGAACACAAAAGAAGAUAUUUUUGAAGAAUGUGGGUAGUUGCUGGUCCCCAUACUAUGUAGUAAAUGAUGACAGAAUUUCCAUUUUUGGGUGAACUAUCCCUUUAAGAUGAACAAGUUUGUUAAUUCAGUUGUUCAAUAUUUGACAGCACAAAUAUUGUCAUUUAAUUAAAAUAUAAAUGCAAAAUAAUAAUUUUCACACCAUAAGAGACACAUUUAAGAAUAUUAUGUGUUUGUGCAAUAAAUACGGUGAAUAAUUUAUGAAUAGCAAUGUUUGGUUUAGCUGCUAAAAUUAAAAUGCUUCAUUCUCAGUUCAAAUAAAAGGAUUUAUGUCAUACUGAGCAUUAGUCAUUUCAUUAUGUAAACCAACUGCUGUACAUCGUACCUCCAGUUAAUAAUGUACCCACACAUCUGACUGUUAACAUAACGUUUUGUCUUUAUUUUAUCUGUAAGUGCGUUCUAUCUGAUUGGCUCUGAAUGCGUUCCUACAUCUAUCUUUGUUUCAUUUAUCAUUCCAGCUGAAGCCUACACACUCCAAAAUCACUUAACCGGCUUCUUGCUGAGAUAUACUCGUGAUAACUUCUUCCUCCAUUGUCGUCACUCUUAAGAUGGAUUUCAAUGUCAUGCUGCAGAAAAUCUCCAAACCAGCGUUAUAUAAGAUAAUGAUGACAAUUCAAAGCUGUAUAUGCUUGUACACAAUGAAGGAUUUCUAAAUGAAUAAUAUCCGUCAGAUAAAUUCAUCCCUUUUACAUUACUGAGCUAUAAACGCUCAGAUGGAUGACAUUAGGAUGUCGGUUUUAGUUUGUUGUUGUUUAUUAAUCAGAGUUCUUUUGUAGUUUCAUGCGUCUCCAAUAAAAGACUAGCUUUGCGAUUAGGAGUUGUCUGUGUGUAGCGGAAGGCUAGGAUGUGUCCGUGUGUGUGUGUGUGCAGUUGGCCCAUCCCCUCCUGGUCCUCCUAUAAGAGCACACCCGAGUAAAAACGUCAGUAGCUCUUUAGAGAGACCAAACCAUAAAAAAUAGACAUGCCAUCAGACGGAAUGCCAACCUGUCAUGCCAGACGGCUUCAGAUGCUAAGAGGAUUCCUGCUGAAAGUGCCCAGCUGGCGAAGUGUGUGUGUCCUCUAUUCCCUGUACUGCGUCCUGAUCCUGCCAGACGCCGGCGAGGCUGCCAAAGCACGCUGUGGACGAGAACUAGUUGCUGACCUGGAGUUUGUGUGUGGGGACCGUGGCUUUUACAGAGGCAAACCUGGAGCAGCCCGUAGCGGCAGUCCUCGCUCUCGUGGGAAAGGGAUCGUAGAGCAGUGUUGUGUGCGUGGAUGUGACCUCCAGCAUUUGGAGUCGUACUGUGCAAAACCCAAGAAGGUGCGGCGUGACGUCCCUGCAUCUCUGCAACAGACUCUGGAAGAUCAGUUUUGGCCGGUGUUUCAGAGGCAAUACCAGAAGCAUGCAGAGAUGAACAGAGAUGAGGAAGCUGCUUCUCAAAGACUCAGAGAGCGAACGCUUUACCGAUGGAGCUCCAGAGAUUCAGUAUUACUAACCAACCCACCCCCCCUCGACACAACAGCAUCCUUCCACUGACACCGUGACAUCAGGACAAACAUUUAUCCACCACAUCCGAUAGUCAUGGCUCUUUUUGGAUGUGUGUGGACCCUA